GUGUGUUUGAGUAGGGUGUGUUGUAGUGAGGCUGUGACCACAGAAGGGACAAUGAGAGUAGAGUGAAACUCAAUGAGGACAAAAAAAUAUCCAAUGAAAGAGAUAAUGGACCUCUGGCCGAUCAGUUGAAACUCAGAAGUAAAGGGACAACUUCUGAACAAGACCGAAAGAAGAGGUUAGUAGAAGUUGUAGGAGUUGAAUUACUUCUCAACAUGGUGGGGAAGUUCUAUGUCUGAUCGCAUCGUCUUCGGCUAAACCGAAGCCAGGUCAUCAUCAACCAGCAAUCGCCCCUCCAGACGUCGGUCCCAUCGCCCCCCAGACCCCGGCCCCUUCCACCCCCCCAGAGCCUGGUCCCUUCACCCCCCCGGAGCCCGUCCAAUCCACCCUCCGGUCCCAGUGCCAUGGCCGACCCCAGCUGGUGGAAGCUGACCUUCACACGCAAGAAGAAGUCGGAGGCCAAGGUUCUGUACGAGAUCCCCGCUGACCAUGACAGCAACACGGGGAAGAAGAGCGAGCAGAGCCCCGGGAGCGGGCCGGCCCCCGGCUCCACGGGGCCCAUGGACAGCCAGCUCAGCGCCCGGCUGGAGAAGAUCGUGGACAAGUCGGCCACCAAGGGGCGCCACGUCAAGGUGUCCCACUCGGGCCGCUUCAAGGAGAAGAAGAAGGUUCGCUCCACGCUGGCAGAGAACCCAAACCUCUUCCCCGAGCACAGCCUGGGCAGCGAGAACCAGAAGAACACCAAACACACUGAGAAGUAGUGAUCCUACCCACACUCACUCACUCACACACACACACACACGCACGCGCACACACACACACACACACACACAGGUAGAGACACAAACACAGAGGCAGAGACACAAACAUGCACACACAGAGGCAGACGCACACAAACACACACGGGCAGACACACACCCAUAUGCAGACAUGCAUGAGGCAUGCAUAUGUGCAAAGUGUGUGCGUGCUACACACGUGACAUUUCUACAAUGUCCCUGGUCAUAAAAGAAAUGAAAGAUCACAGAGAGAGAUGGCUGACUAGUAGAGAAGCACAAAGCCAGCGGAACCUGGGGGCCAUGAAUACCCAGAACACUUUGUAUCUGCACCACACCCUGCGGGGAGAGUAGCUGCUGGAGUCCCACCCACACCUUUGCAAACAAGUGACCAGCACUCACAAGCAUAAAGACAGUGUGCUCAGCAGAGAGAAUGAAAGUGGUGUGCUGUAAAACAGAUGGUUUUCAUAUUCAAAGGUUUAUUGAGGUGUACUGAACGUGAUAUGUUGAAAUGAACGCCUCUCCAGACAUAUCGGCGGCAACAUUUUUUUUUUUAAUGUAAUCAAAUUAUCUUUGUAUCCUUGUAUGAUUUAAAAGAAUCUGAUUUGAUAAUAUAUAGAUUCAAGAUAAGAUGUACUUUGUUAAUUUAUAAUAUAUAUAUCAAUUGUUAUUUAAUGAAAGACCAUCGAAGGUGGACAUUGGCGAAAACCAAACCAAAUCUGUAACGACAUUUUAGCAAAAAUAAAUAUCAUGUAAAUAUUC